UGGUAGUCACAGACGUUGACAUCGCAUUAUCCAAUUAUGUUGUUUUUAGACCAUCAUGAUAUGAGCUCAUUCUUUUCAUCAAGAAAAUCAAUAUUUAUUUUUAAAAUACGAGUGUCCCAUUUUUUGGACCAUCUUGUACGUUUGUUUUAUAAACUAGUAGAUCUUAGGGUUUUAAAUAAUUGAGAUCAUAAAAUCAUUUUUCAUUGUGAGAGGGUUAUAUGGUGAGUUGAUUGAAAAGGGUAAAAAUCUCAAUUUUAUUUAACACUUUCAGUGUUGUUGGCAUGGUGUAGAAGAUAAUAACGAGAAUGCAAGCAUCGAGAUUUUAGAAUGCCUAUAGCAUAGUAUAUAACACUUUAGUGAUAUUUUAAAUAUGUAACUAUUUUAGCCAAAAUGUGUACUGAGAACUCUUCAAACAGAGUGAACCAUGAAAAUUAGUUUUCUCAUUAUAUCCAUAUUCUGAAUACAUUAUAAAAUGCCAUAUAUCAUGAUGAAGUCAUUUCUUUUGAAAUGGUAUCAACUUGGCAGUUUAAGUUAUUAUGUGAAGACCAAGAAUUUGAGACAUAUUAUUAUGGUCUCUGUCUUUUACACAUGUGUUCAGAAUAAACUGGCAGGUUGCACUCUGUCUGUGACAACUUGUUACACUUUGAAAUCAUUUAAAGUAAUGUUAAUCAAGUUGUUACAGGCCCGUAGCCAGAUUUUUUUUCACUUUGGCAAAUUUAGCCAAAAAUCUCUCAAAAAUAGUCAGAAUGGUGAAAAACUGCAUGAUUUUGAAAGAAAUUUUGGCCAGGGGGUGGGGGGUCGCCUGAAUCCCGCAACCCCCCCCCCCCCCCCCCCCUGGCUACGGGCCUGAUGUCAUGUUAAUGCCAUGUUGCAAUACCUCGUAUUCCGCUCUAAAUGUUUAUUUUAUUGUUGUUAUAAUUUUUGUUUACUUUAAUUUGUUCUCUUG